UGUAAAUAAACUGAGCGCAGGAUCUUGAAGAGCCAAUGAUCUAGAAGCAACACAACGAUUGGUCGUGGCUGUGUACGACGGAGGGGCUAGUGAAAUUAAGGAGACUGCUAGUGUCCAAAACUUACAAUGAAGAUCUUGCUUUGCAAGAGAACUAGAGGGUGACUUGAGCGAGACACAUAAUGUCCCAACCGAUUUGGAAGUAACAAACGCAUCAGCCUGUAGCCUGCAAGCUUCUUAGUCCUGACUUAAACAUCAUCUUGCCAUUUAAACUCGUUUCGGGACUUACUCUGGACAUUUGUGCUGUUGAGAAUAGUUUUCAGCACUCGCAUCAUGGAGUACACCUCUUCCCCAAAGCCUCAGCUCUCUUCUAGGGCGAAUGCUUUCUCCAUAGCCGCACUCAUGUCAAGUGGGAAACCGAAGGACAAGGAGGCGGAGGAAAAUACCAUCAAGCCGCUGGAACAAUUCGUGGAGAAGUCGUCGUGCCAUCCAAACCUCGCAGACCUGCCUUCGAUGGACUCCCACGGUGACUUCAGCAGCGGCAGCAGCAGCGGCGGCGGAGCUCCGUUAUGUACCGAGCCGCUCAUCCCUACGAGCCCCUGCGUCCCCAGCGAGGAGAUGGCCAAGAUCUCCUGCAGCCUCGAGACCAAAGAACUGUGGGACAAGUUCCACGAACUCGGCACGGAAAUGAUUAUCACAAAAUCUGGAAGACGAAUGUUUCCGACAAUUCGUGUAUCAUUUUCCGGAGUGGAUCCGGACGCCAAAUAUAUCGUACUAAUGGACAUCGUUCCGGUGGACAAUAAGAGAUAUCGAUAUGCCUAUCAUAGAUCCUCGUGGCUUGUGGCGGGAAAGGCAGAUCCACCUUUACCUGCUAGGUUGUACGUGCAUCCAGAUUCGCCAUUUACAGGAGAACAGCUAUUGAAACAAAUGGUUUCUUUCGAAAAAGUGAAGCUUACAAACAACGAACUUGAUCAGCACGGACACAUAAUCCUGAACUCCAUGCACAAGUACCAACCACGAGUUCAUAUCAUCAAGAAGAAAGAUCACACAGCGUCACUUCUUAAUCUAAAGUCUGAGGAGUUUCGUACAUUUGUCUUCACUGAGACAGUUUUCACUGCGGUCACUGCUUACCAGAACCAGCUGAUAACCAAACUGAAGAUUGACAGCAACCCUUUUGCCAAAGGCUUCAGAGACUCCUCCAGGCUUACGGAUAUUGAGAGUAGGGAAAGUGUUGAGAGCUUGAUCCACAAGCACUCUUACGCCCGGUCGCCCAUUCGGACUUAUGCUGGUGAUGAGGAAACCUUGGGUGAAGAUGGGCACUUGGCACACAGUAGAGGUUCAGCAUUCACUGCAUCGGACAACCUCUCCCUCAGCUCCUGGGUCACCACCACGUCUGGCUUCUCUGGCUUUCAGCACCCUCAGUCUCUGUCUGCCAUCGGAACCAGCACAGCGUCCCUGGCCAGUCCUCUUCCUCACCCCAUCCAGGGCUCUCUACCCCCUUACAGUCGACUGGGCAUGCCUCUCACCCCAUCCGCUCUGGCCGGCUCCAUGCAGGCCAGCGGGCCGACCUUCCCCUCCUUCCACAUGCCACGCUACCACCACUAUUUCCAGCAGGGGCCCUACGCCGCCAUCCAGGGACUGCGCCAUUCUUCCACAGUCAUGACCCCGUUCGUAUGAUUCCUGCCACUUCAGCCUGAUAAGAUUUCCCAAUCACCGGCAUGAGAAGACAUACGGCACCCAUACACACAUGCUUACACGAAAGGAAGAAUCACAUGUAAAUAAUAUUGACUGACACGGCACUGACUAACGACCCGGAUGUGCUGAGAAUGAAAAGCCCAACGGACAGGAAUUCUUGUAAAACAGAACUUUAAGCAUGAGUUUUUAGUGUUAAUAAGAUCCGUCUUCAUCUGCAGAUGUGUUAAUGCUACAAUUUAAAGGGAUAGUUCACCCAAAAAUGAAAAUUCUGUCAUUAUUUAAUCACCCUCAUGUCGUUCCAAACCUGUAUGACUUUCUUCCUUCCAAAGAACAUAAUAGAAGAUACUUUGAAGAAUACUGAUAACCAAACCAUUUCGAUUCCCAUUGACUUCAAUUGUAUUUCUAGCCGUAUAAUGAAAAUCAGUGGGAACUGAAAAUGGUUACAAACGUUUAUUUUUUUUUUUGUGUUCUGGAAGUCAGUGGGAACCAACUUUCUUCAAUAUAUAUAUAUAUAUAUAUAU